UAUGUUUAUCCCUCAAUGAACUUGGCAUCUCCCACAAAACAUGACUACUUGGGGAUAUACAGCAUAAUGUUUUGGACUCUUACUUUAAUUGGUGUGGUCAAGUACGUAGGCAUAGCUCUCAAUGCCGACGAUCAUGGUGAAGGUGGUACAUUUGCAUUGUAUUCUCUGUUGUGUAGGCAUGCCGAUAUAGGCAUACUUCCUUCCAGAAAAGUUUAUUCAGAGGAAGAGCCACUACUUCACAAUCAGUCUGCAACAGCUAGAAGGCCUAGUAAGCUAGGGAAGUUCUUUGAGCGAAGCAUAGUAGCCAGAAGAGUACUUUUGUUCAUGGCAAUACUAGGGAUGUGCAUGCUCAUUGGGGAUGGCAUACUCACUACUGCUAUUUCAGUAUUAUCAGCGAUUGACGGACUAAGAGGGCCAUUUCCUUCUGUUAGUAAGCCUGUUGCGGAAGCCCUGUCUGCCGCAAUUCUUGUUGGCUUAUUCUUGCUGCAAAAAUAUGGGACCUCAAAAGUGAGCUUUCUGUUUUCUCCAAUCAUGGCAGCAUGGACUUUCACCACUCCAAUCAUCGGCGUCUAUAGCGUUUUUCAUUACUACCCUGGCAUCUUCAAAGCCAUUUCACCUCAUUAUAUUGUUCGUUUCUUGCUGAGAAAUAAAAAGCAAGGGUGGCAGCUUCUCGGUGGAACUGUUCUAUGCAUCACAGGUGCUGAAGCCAUGUUUGCAGAUCUAGGCCACAUCAGCAAAAAGGCUAUUCAGGUUAUUUUCAUCAAUAGCAUAUAUCCUUCUCUGGUCCUGACUUAUGCUGGGCAAACGGCAUACCUUAUUAACAAUGUCAAUGACUUCAGUGAUGGGUUCUACAAAUUUAUCCCUCGCCCGGUUUACUGGCCCUUGUUUAUCAUCGCAACGCUGGCAGCAAUUGUCGCAAGCCAAUCCUCGAUAUCUGCGACAAUUUCCGUCAUUAAGCAAUCAGUUGUCCAGGACUACUUCCCCCGUGUUAAAGUGGUGCACAUGAUACUGUUUGUCGGUGUCAUACUAAGCUUUGGUGGUGGAAAGGAGAUAGGGAAUGCAUUCGGAUUGUUACUGCAGGUGGUCAUGCUCAUAACAACAAUCUUGCUCACUCUGGUGAUGAUCAUCAUAUGGAGAACAUCACCUUUUCUUGUGGCGCUGUACUUCAUCCCCUUCUUCAUCAUGGAGGGGUCUUAUGUCAGUGCUGUUUUCACCAAGAUCCCUGGAGGAGGCUGGCUCCCCUUUGCAGUUUCCAUGAUCCUCGCACCGAUCAUGUUCGUCUGGUACUACGGCAGGCAGCGGAAAAUCUAAUACGAAAUGGCGCACAAAGUGACCGUGGAGCGCCUCGGUGAGCUCUUGGCAAAACCUGAGAUUCAUAGGGUUCCAAGCCUGUGCUUCUUCUACAGGAACAUUCAGGAUGCGCUCAUCUUAAUCCUAGGCCAUUACAUCAAGAACAUGAGCUCACUGCACACGGUAGUCUUCGUCACCCUGAGGUAUCUGCUGGUCGCCAAGGUCGACCAACGUGAAAGGACCCUGAUCAGUAGGCUGGGACCGAACGGGGUGUACGGCUGUACCAUCCAGUACGGCUACGCCGACAGCCUCGGCCUCGAGGGCGGCGAGGACCUCGCCGCGCAGGUCACCAGCUGCCUGCGACGGCACAUCGAGACGGAGGCCGAGGCUGCGCAGCUGGAGACGGCGAGGUCGGCCGGCGUGGUGCACAUCCGGGGCAAGAUGAGGUUCUACGUGGGCAAGGACGCCGGGUGGUUCGACAGGGCCAUGCUCGGGUUCUACGAGUUCUUGCAUGGCAUCUGCCGCUCCGCCCUGCCAGCGCUCGGCACGCCACUGCAACAGCGGGUCGAGAUCGGCAUGUUGUACAAGGUUUGA